CUGAGAAACCAGUUAGACUUGUUUGAGAUAAUUGGGCCCAUGAACAGAAAUACAGCUUUCAAGUCUAGGGAAAAGACAGCUUUUCACUAUCUUUUCUCUAGAUGUAAGGAUAACUUUCUAGGUUUGCAUUGCACCAGAGCGAUGUUGUUUAAAAGUCUUUGAACUAGAAAAGCUGAUGUAUGAGAAGAUUUUAGGGGACUGUCCAAGCAGGUGCCUGAAUAUACUCCAACUCAUUUUGAUUUUAAAAAAUGGCCUUUUCCUGCUGCUUCACCUGUUGCCCCUUGAUCGCAGAGCCUUCAAGAGAGAGGGAACGUCUGAAUCCUCAGCAUUCAAGAAAUCGUGAAAGGAUCAAAAAUGUUAAUUUCACCAAGGGGACACCCCUUACCAUGAAACGAGUCAAUGUGCCUGAAUUUGAUGCACUGUUCAAUAGUAUUGCUGAGACCUUCAAUAAGCAGCAAGAUCAUUGUUUGUCCCUCCAAGAAGCUACACAGACCUUAAGGAAUUCCUAUGACUGUUCACCUGUAAGCAGCCUUUCUGUUUGCAUGGAGAAGAUCUUGCAGGAACAUAGUGCUUACAAUGUCCAGGUGUGUAUGGAAGGAUACAAGUUUUGGCUAGAUGUGGGAGUGGAGGAAGUCCCUCAGAAACUGAAGCAGACUCAGCAGCAGGUGAGGAAAUUGAACUUUGCCACCAAAGGAAUAGUUAGUACAACAAUAGAAGAGAUGAUUUACUCAGUUCACCAGUGCCAGGACAGUUUGAUGGAGAAAGUGAAAGACUCAUCACCUGAGUACCUAGACUGGAUGCGUCUCGAAAGCAAUCUGAAAGAAAAUAUUGAGAAGAUAAAUCAAGCACAGAAGUGUUCAGAGGAGUAUAGAGAAGAAGCCAAUUAUGUGCUGUUGAAUAUGGCAAAAUCAGCAAAUUUGACACUGUAAAGAGAAUGAGCAAGUUGCAUUCUGUUUUUCUUAUCUGAAAGAUUCAUCAAGUUGCAACAGAAAACCCCAUGGGAAUAUAAUUUGGCUACAUGGGCUAUUUUAAAUUUUGAAGUUAGAAUAUACCCAGAAAUCUCUUAUAUAAAUGCCAUAUGCCCAUGGUCUCCAGAAAAAUCUUAAUUUUUCUGAACAUAAAUCUUAAAUAUUCAGUAAGUGAAAAAAAUUAACUAACAAAUUGACUCUGGGAAGAUGUUUUCUUUUGACAUCUGUCUUUUGCAAAAGAUAGGACGCCUUAAAUGCAGUCAUUCCAAAGAUUGUUCUAUAUAUAAAGGAAAAGGAGAUAAUAAAUAAUGAAGCUGAUUUAUAAAUUCUUGUAGAGUGUAAAAAGUUUGUAUUUUUACAGAAUGGACAGAUCUUGUAGAAUAUACAGAGGCUUUCACAUGUCAAAGUUUCUAAUCCAAUCAAGCUAUUCAAGACAUAGAGCACUUCACACCUGUUUUUAGCUUAAGGGGAACAUCUUCUCUGGAAUUAUAGACCAAUUUCUUUAUUGAGCAAUGAUUAUAAAAUGUUUUAAUCAGUUUUGGAGACAACCCAAAAUGUACUUAGAGGAAUUCAUUCAUGAAGAUCAAUGUUAAUUGUCUAUUUGAAAGAUAAUUUUUUAAAAAUGCCAGAACUGUGCUGGAUGUAACAAAGUGACUACCAACAGCGUAAUGAAAAACAAGCUGAACUGAUAUUCUUAGCCUAAGAAAGCCUUUGAUCAUUUGUACUGGCCCUUUUUGUUUAAAGUUUUGGAAGAUAUAGACUUUGGUAAGAAUUUUAUUCAAGGAAUCAAGUUGACAUAUAUAUCUCAAAAGGCUUGAGUUAUGGUUAAUGGUGAUUUCAUUAAGCCAAAAAAAUGAACAAAACUUUUUGGAUAUAAUAUAGAGUUGAAUCAGUAGGAAUGUAUGUGGAAGAAAUGAUUGAAAUUUAUAUUGAAUUAUAACCUUAAAUUUAAUUUUUGUAAAAUGAUACAUUGCUGGUAGUUGAUAAACUGUGAAAAACAUACAAGGGAAUUUCAAAUAUUUGUUGGAAAUGUAAUCAAACUGAGAGCAUUUUUCCCUCUUUGGUGGACAUGCAUGAAUGUUAGAAAAUAUUGGGAUCAAGUAUGCAUUCCGAUUCAAAAGACUUUAAAAGUGAACGUACAACUGAAACCAGAGAACUUUCGAGUUUAACAAAUAAACAAGUGGAAACAUCUUAUGGAACUUUGCUUUCAUAUAUGAAGAGACCAACAAAACUUUUAUAUGUCCAAAGGUGGAAGGACUUAAAGUUACCUAUAAUGGAGGAAUAAAUGGUGAAGCUGGUGGAAUUUUUUUUUUUUUUUGUACUUUAAUGCAGAAAAGUUGGAAGACCAAUGUGAUUCAUAUUUUUUUUUAGAUAUUUGCACUUGGUGUUGUACAUUUGGCAUCUGGUUUUUGGGGGGAGUGGGAGUGGGAUGUUGGUAAAAAUGUCAAGAAAGUCAAGAUGGUGUCAGGACUGAAUGAUUGAAGGCCCACCCCAUUUUUAAACUCAUUGGUAUAUUUCCUUAUUUCCUAUCUAGUUGUAAGUGACACACUAUGAUAAUUGUUGGGCGCUGAUAGAAAAUAAAUCUCUAUGGUAUGAACAAUACAUACUUUAAUAACAUUUUGAUAAUUUAUUACUCAUUGCAUAGGAUUUUAAUUCAGGAUCAGUAUUGGAAAUUAAUUCUAAUGCAGAGGUAGUAAAAUCAAACUAUAAUGAGAAUUGAUGUUUUACCUUGUUCUAAAACUAUGCCUUUUUGAUGCCUUUAAAAAAAGUUUUACCCAUAAAAAGGUAUUUUAUUCUGCUUUAUUCUGAAAAUUCUGAAGAUAUCUUCAUGUUGUAUCAGUCAUUUGUCUGUUUUAAGAAUUUGGAAAGGCACCACUAUAUGAUUCUAGAACUGUAGAGAAAUUGUAUAAUUUUUUUAAAAAAUUAUGCAAUCUGAAUUGAAAAUAAAUUUUGGAAAAAUCUUAAAAGAAAAAGAUAGUUUGAUGAAGUUAGUGCUGAACAAAAUUCCUACAGUUUGAAUGAAAAAGAAAGUAUCAAAAUAUAUACCACAGAGCAAUCUUUGUACAAUGAGCCAGAAAGUACUGGUAUAUUAUACUGAGCACUCAGAUGAUAUAUAUCAAGUGCUACUGAAUUCAUGUAAUUUGCUUAGUAGAAUACUUUAUACUUUAUAAACUAAUAUUAUUAGAUAACCCAUUAUAUAUUAACUUAUUAUUGCAUAUGAUAUUAUAUGCAACAGUCAUGUAACAGCAUGGGUAAAUCUGGUCUAUAUCUGCAGACAUUAAAUGUGAAUAGCUAUUUUUCUCUCAAACCACACAGCAAGCAAUGUAGCAGUACUUGUACAUGAAAAUAACACAUUUAAUGGAAUACUUAUGAGGUAUUAGUUUUCUGUGUCUGAGAAUUUUCACAUCAUCAAAGAAUACUAUAAUUACCCACAGGCAUGCCACAAACCUCAUAAUCAUUAUGUAUUUGACUCAGUCCAAUGUAUCCAGACAUUUGUUAAUGUACAGAACAUACAUUAUGGAAUCACUAAGACACCCUUUCUGGUUUUCUUUUAGGAAUAAAUACUUUCAUACUAUAGAAA